UUUGUUUUUACGACCUGGAGCCAUGUUUGUACCGUAUUACCAACAGCCUGCGACAACGUACACUAUGUGUGCCGUACCUGGCACAGUGCCCACUUUUGGUGGAGCAGUGGUUCGCACGAGAGCCACUGGUAAAGUCACAGCAAGAGUGGAGAUUGACGGCGAGGUUCAUGAAAUUCGAUAUGGACCAGGAGAGGAAUUCGAAUCUCCUGCAGACUUCUUCCCACCCUGUAAGGCUGCAUUGAGACUUCCGCUCUUCAACUGCACCGGCAUCGGCGUUUGCCUUCGUAUGGUAAUUACAUAAUCAUAUAAACACACUGUUCAUUGCUUUAUAGUUAUAUAGUUAUAUUUUCUCUUUUUGUGGCGCAAGAUUCAGCGACCGUUCCAAGGUGCCAAGCCAUGUUGGGUUUUUUUGCAGUCCAUCGGGGCCUUUGACGCUUUACCAAC